AUGUCGAUGCUUAAAUCUGGAUCUCAGAGAUGUGUGCGGUAUGCCCCGCAACAUGGUUUCUGCUCUGGUCUUUUAUCUCCUGGGCGCAGAGGGCGUGCCACUCAUUCAAUGUCAAAUUGGGAUCCCUUGGAUAUCACUUUCACGGUUAGGAGUGGACAUCGUCUCUAUAUGAAGGACAGUAACAUCGAACCCAGUGAGAGUUGCAGACUACAGGAGGAUGAAGUAUCAAGCAUAGGACCUCAGAACCGUGGAGUAUGCUAUCACUUCGCGCCACUGUCGCCCAAUGCAUCCCUCCACGGCUUCUGUGAGCCCAAGGUUACGGCUUAUCCCAGCGGUGACAGGGAAUUGCCGACAAACGCUGCCGUCCGCAAACCGCAAACCUGGCGUUCCGCCGACCCCGGAAGUGACUCUCAUAUCAACGUCAGACUUGACCUUGUCAGUACUAUCAUCUAUCCAUCGCGAACGCCGGUGGUAUUACUUGGCGAUGAAGUAGAACGUGAGUGAUUCCCGAUGCAGUACCUAGAGCUGCUGAUCCAAGAAAGUGUUCUCUUCCCUCAAUAUCUGUGGUGCCAGAAGAGGCAAAGUUCUCAAGGGUGCACGAGAGUUUCGCAGAAUUCUACCAGUAACAGACGCUCUCAAGGAUUUCUCCGAAGAAGUCAUCCCCACGCGGCUAUUGUUGUUCGGUGGAAUGGCACCAUGAG